CUCUCUCGGAAGUUCCCAGUCUAUACAAUGGCCGCCAACCUGGAUCUCGCCAACCGUGACCCGAACAAUAUCAACGACCAUAUUAAGGUCACAUUCGAGGAUGUUCUCGCUGAACCGGAAGGCGCUCACUCUAUCGACUGCGUCUGGAAGCUCUCAUACACGUGCUUCACGUGCUGGCUUGGAAUCUGUUACAAGAUCUCAACGCUGCUGUGUGGUAUCUGCAUCGCCGCCGAGUGGGGCUGCGAGUUCGCCUCAGUCGCCUUCUACCAUGUCUGGUACAUCACCCCGAUGUUGAAGAUGUGCGAGAUGAACUGCGCCGUUUUUACGAAGAUGAUGCGUACAUUCCUCUCUUGCUGUAUCGAGCCGUGCUGCGAGGCGUGCGGGGCCCUGUUCCACAACUUCAAGAAAUAAACGCUCAAAGACAUUCAUUAACUUCAUAUACACGAGGAGAUUUGAUAAAAUAGACUUUCAAAAUACAGAGUUGACAGUUAUCGAAAAUCUUAAAUAAUCUG